UGAUUGUUUUUUCUCUUCUGAAAUCCGUCGCUCUCGAAGAAAUCAAAAUUAAAAAAGUAACUAAAUAUCUAAAUAUUUAACGGGCGAAAGUAUUACAGGAAUAGGCGUGUCUUGAAGCUCGUGACUGACACGUGCACACGCAAAUAGACUAAAAGAGUUUCGAAUUGUCCUCAAGCUUCAUUGGUUGUCUGUCUGCUCAGCACGCUUGCUCGCGAAAAGUUCCGUUUUUGAUAAUCGGCCGCAAGUUUUUGCUACUCAUUUCUUGUCUGUGAAGAGCCGCACGCGACGCUCUUGCCGCUCAGUUGUGCAUUUCUCACCGAAAGCUAAGCGGCUUUUAAAAAAGGAACUGCAACUGACAAAAAGAAGAAAAUUUCCAGUGACUUAGUACUUGUGCUGAAUAAAUUGCUUUGUUUUCUGAAGUUUAGUGUAGUUUAAUUACAUAUGGAAAAUAAUGUUCUUAAAGAUGUUGUUGUUAUUGGUAAUGGACCAUCUGCAAUAACUUUAUCAUAUAUGCUUGCUGGCAAUUGGCCAUACUAUAAUGGCUUACCUCAUCCUAUUGAUUAUUUGCAGUACAGGCUCGAAGAAAAUAAAGGCAAAUCAUUACUUGAGCAGGACUUAUGCUCUCUCUCAGAAGGCCUUGAAGGACGUUCAUUGAAUCCGGUAUCUGUUUUAUUUGAUACAUUAGUUCAUCCACAAGCUGACCUUGGAAUAGAAAAUCCCUCUGUUAUAUCUUGGAUCAAAAGGCCUGAGGAUGCAGUUAAUCAUGUUGUUCUGGGAAGAGGUGUUCCUGGAGGUUCCUGGCAGAAAAUGGAUGGGUCAACCAUAACAAUUAGUCUUGGAUCAUGGAUGGAGCUUCCAAAUUUGAACAUUAGGGAGUGGGAUGCCAGAAGAAGCAGGUCAUUAGGAUAUUCAGGUUUGCGUCAGAAGCGAGCAAAUGUUGCACUGGUUGCAGAAUAUUAUCGUUAUUAUGUGCAUUCACAAGACUUAAACCAGUAUUUUGUAAAUAAUGCUGUAGUAACAUCAGUUGCACCAGUAGAUAAAGCUACAGCUUAUAGUCAUGGCUUUGAUCAUCUGUGGAAAAUUACUGGAAACAUUGAAAGCCCAAAUUCGGAACUCGGUCAUCAGGAGACUUUUAGCUAUAUUUCACCAAAUGUUGUUCUAGCUACUGGAAAUUCAGAUCAGCCAAAUGUGCUAAAUAUUGAAGGUGAAAAUUUACCAUUUGUGCUGUAUUCCUUAUCAUCUUUAGAAGAGGUAAUUAAAAAAGAAUUACUUUCCCCUGAAUCUGGCUGUUUGCUCAUUGUUGGUGCUGGUCUUAGUGCAGCAGAUGCAGUAAUCGCUGCUCGUUUUCAUGGCAUUCCAACUGUGCAUGUAUUUCGACGUUCAGUCUAUGAUCCAGAUCUCAUUUUCAAUAAACUUCCACAAGAUAUUUAUCCUGAAUAUCAUAAGGUUCACCAAAUGAUGCAAGAUUCAAAUAAAGAUCAUUAUGAGGGUUAUAAAGCUUUUCCAAGCUCUCAGGUUUGUGCUAUCAAACCUGACGGCACUGUAGUCAUUGAAUGUCUUAACACUAAGAAAUUAUUUUUCAUAAAAGUUUCUUACGUACUUGUCUUGAUUGGUAUGCAUCCUAAUUUGACAUUCUUGCCGCACAAAGGUUUGAAGCUUGGUGUAAAUCCUGAGGAACCUGUUAAUUGCAAGAAUAAUCCUAUUGAUAUAAAGUUGUAUAGUCAUGAAAGUUUAUAUUAUCCUGGCAUAUUUGCUGUUGGUCCUUUAGUUGGUGAUAACUUUGUCAGAUUUGUGCAGGGAGGGUGUCUUGCAGCUGCUAGUCAUAUUGUAAAUCAUAUUAAACCUAAGAAUGUAUAGGAAUUGUAUAUUAGUCUGAUGAUUGCUCACAAAAUUUGUUUCACAUAAUAUUUCUUAUGACUAGUUUUUUAAGCAACACUUUUGUGAUUAUAAUUCCUUGUUAUAAUGACACCACUAUGCAUAGGUAAUGUGGUCUGAUAUGUUAUUAAUAACUAACAGGAUGUACUUAAAAAUUAUUUAUAUAGAGAUUCAGAAAAUUUUAAGUUUUGCAUUGCAAAUCUCUAUUAACUUUUGUAUUCUAAUUUUUAUAUUUGUAAUAAUAAUGCCUUUAGAUAUUUUUAUAUAAUGAUAGAUAAUAGGAUAAGUGCUUUAUCACAGCUAUAUAUGCACAUGCAUUGUAAUGUUGUUAUUUUCCAUAAGUGUGUAAAUAUCUGUUAAAUAUGACUAGAUUGUAUACUGUUUUGAUAUCUGGUGAUAGUGUGGAUAGAAUAUUGAAAUAUUUACAUAUCUUAUUUUUGUACAAGCAUUUUGUCUCAUUCAUCUUUUAGGGUUUAUUAUGUUUUAAUGUUAAAUAAUUGAUUAGCUGGUAAUCAUGAUAUGAUUAUGCAUUUCUGAAUUAUAGGGUAUUAUCAAAAUCUGGUAAAUUAGAAGUUAAAAAUAUCAUUAUUACGUAUGGAAAUUUAUUUCAGUUUAUGCACUUUAUUAUACUGGCUACCAAAAAGAUUCUUUGAACUCUUGAAAGAAAUUCUGUACAGUAUCUAGACUGUAAAUCUACUUAAUAUUUUGUGAAUCAUUAAGGGGGCGGAUUAAAGGCAUUUUUUAAAAAUAAAUUAUGAGUGUGAGGAAUUUGGAAAGUGUGCUUUUCUAAUCUUGUUAUAUUCAACUCUAAACAAAAAGUUUUCAGUUUUGAGCAAAGAAUGUUUCUUGAUAUGUAUUUAAAUUUAUUAUUUGUUGGAUACAUGUUGUAUCUUCUAGUUUUUAUCUUUUUUAUGCACAGUGGCUAAUUUCAUGACAACAGCAUUUAGUUAAACCUUCACUCUUUUAGCUACAAAGUUUGGCAUGCUGAAUUUUUGUAAUAAUUUAAAAUAUUUUAUUUUCAUUUCUUAUUUUUGGAGGAUCAAAUAAAAUUUGUGGAGCAGAAUAUUUUUUUUUUAUUUAGAGGUAAGCAGAUAUGAAUAUAAAUUUUCACAUAUUUAGUGAACCAAUUUUAAUGUAAUGUCACAAUUUUGUAUCUGCUGACUUAUCUUUAGAAUUGGAUUUAUUCAAUCAAAAAUAGAACUUUAGACAGGAUUACUGGCUAACAGGACUUUUUAAUAUUUCCCCCUUGAUGUUGUAUAAACUCUAGAAGGGAAAUACAUUUUAUAAAAUUAAAAUCACGAACUUAUAAAUGAAAAAAAUUCAUUAAUGCAUCUAGUAAUUGUUGCCUAACUUUUUGACAGCAUGUGUGCUGUGAUGUCUGAGUACAUAUGCUCUUGCUUGAGUAAAUGAAAUUGUUUUGAAAGAAAUGUGAGAUUUAGUGUUUGAUGGUUUCUUUAUGAAACUGAUUAAGCACGGUGACACUGAGAAAUCAUUGAAGAUUUUAAAUAUCAGAUUAUUAGCCAAGGUACAUCUAUAAUUCACAUGAAAUGUAUAAGAUAAAUUAUUACAUUAUAGAAUUUGUGUCAAGUAUUUAAAUUACUUAUAUCAUUCCACAGCACAAUUAAACUGUUAUAGCAUGAAACUUUGCUGUUACAGAUUAACAAAAUAGAUAUAGCAACAAAUACUUUUAGUUGAAAGAUUUCUGUAUUUUUUAAAUUAGUUCAAUGUGCAAAGCUGUUAUACACUUUUAAGUAAAUGAUGAUGCUGGUGUUGCUUGUUCCAGUGGAUUUUUAUAAAAGGUUUAUUAAUUCUUUUCAUCUGUUCAAUUUAUGAGGUUUUCUUCACUUUCAUGGUGUCGCUUAAGUCUGUUUUUUAUUCAAAUUUUCAUUUCUCAUAAGGUUUAACUAUGCAUACACAUGUGUGUACAUAUAUUUAUAUAUGCAUAUAGAUUUAAGUGCUAAUUUAUGUUCUUGUACAUAUGCAUUAACACAUCAUCACUUUACUGAAUUAAAACAUACAACCAAUGAAGGAAGAAGAUGUUUGUUAUGGAAUUGAUAUAUGUGAUCUCUAGCAUUUGUCCGGUGAAAUAUAAUUUUGAGUGUGAAAAUAGCUUAAUCUCACUUUCAGCCAAAAUUCUACAUGACUUUAGACUGAAAUUUUUAUCUUUGAAAGUGGUUGUAAUGGAAUUUUAAAAAUUGUAAACAAUCAUGUUUUAAUGAGGCCUUAACUUCAUCACCUGUUGAAUAAGCAUUUUAGUAUUAAUCUUCUCAUAGCAAUAUAUUAUAUGUGGUUAUAGCAUUUAGGUAUAGUUUAUAGGGAGAAAAUUGUAGCAGACUUUUGACUAAUCACGGAGUGAUGAAGAUUCAUCUCACAUGAGGGCUUUUGCAUUGUUUGCCAAUGAGGAAAUUUAUUCAGUUUGUUCAGUUAGUUUAUGUAUAAUGUUUUAUUUUUACAUAAGAUAAAACUUGUGCAGUAUAAAUAUUUAACAUGUAAAUGUUUAAUAUUCAAGUGUAAGCAAUUUUUUAAAGAUAAUUAUUAUUAGCAAUACAUUUUCAUGAGCAAUAAAUUAUUCCAUUAUAGUGAAGGAUUUUGAUAUGAAUUUUGAGUGGAUUUGUAUCUUCUCAAUAUGCAAAUGUGAUCUGAACUUGUUUGUUAUUCAGAUAAACAAAGCUGAUAUAAUCUGACUUUGAAAAUCUGUUUUAUAGCAUCCAGAAAAAUAUGUAUGGUAGACUCAUAAUUGCACAUUAUGUGUGCUAACUGUACAUACUGUUUGCUUGUAUUGUUGUUUUAGCCUUGUAUUUAUAAGAAUAUUCUAUGCAAAUGCAUCUUAAAAUGGAAUACGUGCCUUCUCAGAAAAAAAAAAAAAAGUCAUAUAUUUGUUAAUAUGCCGUAAAUCAUUUUAUGUAAGUGUAGAUACGAACAUGCACAUUACAUUUCAAUUUAAUAUUUUGUAUGCUAUACUGGUGCCAAAGUUUCUUCAUGUGUACAUAUGAAGUAUGUAUUCAUUAUGAAUCGUAAGUCUUAUGCAAAAAUUUUCUUUAACCUUCAUUCCAUGAUGAAGUAUAUACAUAGUUUUAAUUUUGUAACAUUUUACCAAAUUUUAGUUAAAGUUUUUAAAGUUUAUUCUAAGCAUUGUUUCACUUUUGCUGUUAGAAUCUCUGACGGUUAUAUUUGAAAUUGUUUAUAGAUGUACUGAAUAAAUAUAUUAUUUCUAAAAAAU